UUUGAUAGGUGGAAAGAAAAAGAAAAGGAGAAACUAGUUGAUGAAAUGGAAAAAGUCAAGAUGUUUAGGAAGCAAUUUAAAGAACCGACUUCAGCAUUAGAAUAUCAACCGCGGGAAACCCAGAAGUCCUAUAUGCAGAUCAAGUCCAACACAGGCACAGUAAAAGAUGCGCACGAAUCUAAAGAAGACUGCUCUCCACAUUCCCAGGAUUUCCAGAAUGUCACGCAGCUUCCUGAUAGUCAGGAAAGCAAGUGGACAGCAUGAAUUCCAGCUAUUCAUCAAGAACACAAGAAAGAGAAGGAUCGGCUCAUGUCACAUAUAGAGAAACUUCAAACCUCAAAUAGAUGAUCUAAAUGCAAGCGACGUUGUCUACAAGAAAACGAUAGAAGAGCUAGGGCAGAGAAUCCAGGAGCAGAAGGAACUGAUUCUAACUCAGAGACAGCAGAUUAAAGAGUGUACCUGUCGUCCAUUAAACGGUGUCCGUGAACCCAAAGGAACUCCUGUAGCCUAUGAAUGCCCCAGCCCUGCACACUUCGGAAACUAAAUCAAGUCUGCCGGUGGCACAUGAACAGACAUUCUCGUCGCACAUACUGGAACCAACAGAAGAACUUUCAGAGGAAGAAAAAGGAAGGGAAAAUGAACAGAAAUUAAAUAACAAAAUACAUUUAAGGAAAGCUUUGAAGAGUAACUCCUCCCUCACUAAGGGACUAAGAACAAUGGUGGAGCAGAACUUGAUGGAGAAACCGGAAACCUUGGGGAUUAAUGCAGACAUACACGGUAUUUCAAGUGACCCACUGCAGAGAGCACUAAAAAGUGUGGAAUCAGAAGGACAUAAGCAAGAAAGAGAAAUACCUAACUUUCAUCAAAUUCGAGAAUUCCUUAAACAUCAAGUCAGCUGUAAAAUCGAGGAGAAAGCACUGCUGUCUUCAGAUAAGUACAAUGUUUCUCAAAUGGAUACCCUUUCAACUGGAGAAGUACCCAGAAUGAUACAACCUCCUCCCAAAGACAGACAACUGGUUAGACAAAGAGCUGUUUCUACUGAUAGGACAUCUGUUUCAAAAAUUACGAAACAUAUCAUGAAAGAUCAUUUUCCCAGAAAGUCUUCAACUAUUACGACCCCUCCCUUUAGUUCGGAGGAGGAGCAGGAGGACGACGACCUCAUCCGGGUAUACGCAUCCCCAGGCCCACUUCCUGUGCCACCAUCGCAAAGCAAGGGCAGCUGUGGGAAGAAUGCAGUCAAAGGUGACACGGACGGGACCGAGGGAAGCGAAAUCGAGGACACUGAUGAUUCUCUCAAGCCCGCAGGAGCCUCCAUUAAAACACCAACUGAAAAAGUUGAAAAGAUGUUUUCACAUCGCAAAAAUGUGAAUAGACCAGUUGGUGGAAUUAAUGUUCCUGAGAUGUUUAUCAAAAAUGAAGAAUUACAAGAACUAAAGUUUGCAGAUGUGGAGGAUGAAGACUGGGACGUAUCAUCCCUAGAGGAAGAGACAUCUUUGGGGAAAGAUCUGGGAAAGAACAGAAGGAAUUCACCUGUGAAAAAUAAACAUUUUCCUCAUGUGCUAAAUGCCUGGGGCGAAUUUAAUCCUAAGGGGCCAAAGGGAGAAGGACUUCAAGAUAAUGAAUCCAGCACAUUAAAGAGCAGCUUAGUAACCAUGACUGAUUGGAGUGACACUCCAGAUGUCUAAUUCCGCAUUUCAGAAGAUUCUUCCAGAAGCCAGCAGUAUUUCGGUAUGACAGUGUUUCAAUAACUUGCCUCCAUGACUCCAGUGCUUCUGCCCUGCCGUGUUCCCCACAGCAACACAGGGUCUGAUGCAAAGAACAACGGUCUCUUUAAUGUCACCUGAUACAGUAUUGAAAAUCAGAUCCUCAACAGUGUUUUGAAGUGCCUACAGGUGUUUAAGACUUCUGCUGCUUAAAAAUAACAUGUCAUGGAAGUCAUAAAAAGUUUUUUCUUUAGAACAGUACUCUAGUGUUAAGUGUAUUUGUUUCCAACUAUUUUUUAAGUGAUUUUUUUUUUAAGGUUACAACAGGUUUUGGUUUGUUACUAAAACUUUUUUUUUUUUUGAGACCGAGUUUCAUUGUUGUUACCCA